GGCGCGGGAGACGGGUCGGCACCUGCGGACGGCACGACAGUCUCACAACAUGGCCGCUCGCCUGCUGGUGCGUGGGACGCUCCUCUGCGUGGUCGCCGCCCUGACAUCGGGCCAGUUCUUCCACGGGCGACACAAGCGGCAGUACGGUCCACCGCGUGCCUACAGCAUCACCGAGGUCACCACUCGGCCGUCGCAGGGCGGCGGCGCCGACCCGGCGCCCACCCCCACCGGCGUGGCCAGUUAUCAGGGCUACCCGAUCCCGGCCGCUCCGCCCAUCGAGGCCGUCGACCAGCAGCUGGUGGCGGGGGUGCAGGGCGGUGCGUCGCCCGCCGAAGAGCAGCAGCAGCCGUUCCUGUGCCUCAGCCCACUUAUUCUCAGCCUACAGUUCCUGCGCCUCAGCCCACUUAUUCUCAGCUCACAGUUCCUGCGCCUCAGCCCACUUAUUCUCAGCCUACAGUUCCUGCGCCUCAGCCCACUUAUUCUCAGCCUACAGUUCCUGCGCCUCAGCCUACGGUUCCUGCGCCUCAGCCCACUUAUUCUCAGCCUACAGUUCCUGCGCCUCAGCCCACUUACUCUCAGCCUACAGUUCCUGCGCCUCAGCCCACUUAUUCUCAGCCUACAGUUCCUGCGCCUCAGCCUACGGUUCCUGCGCCUCAGCCCACUUAUUCCCAGCCUACAGUUCCUGCGCCUCAGCCCACUUACUCUCAGCCUACAGUUCCUGCGCCUCAGCCUACAUACUCUCAGCCUUCAGUCCCUGUACCACAACCCUCCUACUCUCAGCCUGCCGUUCCAUCCCCACAGGCCACGCAGCCUCAGCCCGCCGUUCCUGCCCCGCAGCCCACAUACAGCGCCGGCCGCCGCCUCCGGGGCUUCUGCUCAGCCUCGGCCGCAGCCACUCGGAACUUACGGCGACGCCUUCUUCGGAGGUGAAGCCAGUGCGGCGCCGGGCCGGCAGCGCCAGCGGCCCGGGCCCCAGCCGCAGUACAGAGAGCCCGGUCUGGGCGUGCCUGGCGACGGCGGCUUCCUCAUGCCCUGGAACGUGCCCUCCAACAUCCAGAUGGCGCUGCGGGACGGACUCCGACCCGGCUGGUAGGCCGGACUGGUCGAAGACGUCUCCGCCGGAGGCCGGGUGACAAUGCGGCUGCAGAUGGCGCCCUUGUCGGAAGAUAGGUGGCAGCACUGCUAGAAAGCCACCGGCGCUGAGCGGUCAGAUUGGCUGAAGAUCAUGACGGAAGCAGACAGCUUGCGCGCCCAGCUGCUGGAAUGCUGAGACUGUAUCACGUACUGUGUCUUAGAUGUUGUAAGCUGUCUGCUGAUGCGUGUGGAGCUGGCCACAUGCCCGUGGCAGAUUACCGGGUGCGGCGUUUAAGACGUUACUGAGCUUACCCUUAGAAGUCGCUGGUGAAAAAAGUUUGCGCAAGCUCCGAUUAUUAAAUAUGAUGCAAGAUUAUGAUUGUGCUAGUUAAGUUAUGUGAUCGAUCAAAACCCACCAAUUGAAUCAGACCUUUGCUUUCAUGGGGCUCAAAAUAAUGUACUUGUUCCCUACUUAUUAGUCAACUACAAGAACAGAUUGUGCGAGCUCUGGUCUCCACCUGGAGUCACCGAACCCACGAAGGUGUGUGCCUUCGCCCCAAUAGAAUGCUCGGCCUGCACUGUGUGCCUUGGCGCCAAUUAGUUCACAGCAAAUAGUAGUAUUGAAGACGGGAUGCGUUUGUCGACACCACCUGACAAGCAGAGACCUCUGGUGGUUGUCUCCGUCACUCAACAGCUGUAGGCGGACACAGACCUCUGAUGGCUGUGUCUCCGUUCUCCAGCAACAGUAGUCUCCACGUUGUCGUGUCGCAGUUCGCGCCCGCCGGCCGAGUGUCCGCAGUAUUUUUGUACCGCAGUGCUGACACGCAUG